ACAUGCAGCAGCAAUAUUUUCAAUUGGAACUAAAAUAAAUAAAUGGAAAAAGUGCUCUAGUUUAUAACAUAAUAUCACUAAAAAAAAACUCUACAUAUCAUAUUUAAAAAAUAAAAAAUCUAAAAAUAUUAAAAAUUAUAAUUAAUUGUUAACUAAUUAAAUAACAAAAAUUAAAUAAAUAUUAUAAAAAAAAAAUUUUGACAAAAUGGCAAUGGUUAUAUCGACGCGUGCUAAACUUUUAAUAACUGCUUUAAUAGUCUUCUUUUUACUCGGUGUAGUUCUGGUAACUGGUUCUACGAAAGGUUGGUUCAUACCCAAUCGUUAUAACGGCGAACGUGUUGCUGCUAGGAUACAGGCCACAAGCAUUUACGAUGGCAGUGGUAUGCCUCCGCCACAGUCACAAUACCCACAUGAAAGACCAUAUCGUACUAUUAAAGGCGAGAAAGGUGAACGUGGCCCUAAAGGUCCUCCUGGUGAUAGUAUACGUGGUCCUCCUGGACCACCAGGUCCUGCUGGUCCUAAAGGUGAACCAGGUUCAUUUCCUCCCUUUAUUGAUUUUGCUAGCAAUCCUGAGGCGAAAUACACUGGCAAAUGUACAUGCAAUGCGUCUGAUAUCCUAGAAGCCAUCAAAGACAAUGAUAUUUUAAGAGAAACAUUAAGAGGUCCACCAGGACUACCGGGUAAAGAAGGCAAAACUGGAGCUCCGGGACGUACGCCUCUUGUGGAAAGAAGUCUCAUGCAAUAUAUUAAGCGUAAAACGGGUGCUACUGGGGUACCAGGUGAACGCGGUGCCCCCGGUCCUAAAGGUGACCGCGGCGAAAGGGGCGAUCCUGGUCCUCGUGGUCCCGAAGGUCUACAAGGCAGCAAGGGUGAACCAGGUGUCGAUGGUAUGCCUGGUGUAAUGGGUCCUCCCGGACCGCCAGGCCCACCUGGUUUGCCAGAGAAUUAUGAUAUCAAUUGGAAUCCUACAAGGACCUUCAAGGAAUCUUUAAUGGGCAAUUCAAUGGGAGCAUUGCGUAGCAGUUCACCAGGACCUAAAGGAGAGCCAGGCAUUAAAGGUGAAAUGGGCCGUAGUGGUGAAAGAGGUCAACCAGGACAAAAGGGUGAACGUGGUGAUCCUGGCAUGACGGGUGAAAAAGGUGAUAGGGGUCAUACUGGACCCCAUGGACCCAGCGGUGCCAAAGGUGAACCAGGACAACCGGGUAUACCAGGUAUUUCGGGAGCUCCUGGUGCUCCUGGACUCAAAGGUGAUCGUGGUCUGCCGGGUGAGAUAGGUCCCAUGGGUCCACCCGGCCCCGCCGGACAAAUAGUCUAUGCCGAUAUGCCAUUUGGUUUACAGAAUACAACACAGUGUACAUGCCCUGCCGGACCAGCAGGUCCUAUAGGUCCACGUGGCCCACCCGGUUAUGAUGGUGCACCCGGUUUGAACGGUGAGCCGGGUCCAGCUGGUUCGAUCGGUUUGACCGGCCUGCCUGGUGCAAAAGGCGAGAAAGGCGAAAAAGGUUUGCGUGGUUUGGCUGGACCGAAAGGUGAUCGCGGACCUGAGGGUCCACCAGGACAGGCCUUUUUCGCUGGUGGUUUCGAAGGCAUGGCUAUGAAUGGCACCAAAGGUGACAAGGGAGAUAAGGGUAUGCGUGGUCGUCGCGGCAAACCGGGAACAGCUGGACCAAUCGGACCUCCGGGCAAACCAGGUUUAAUGGGCGAAAUGGGACAUGCGGGUCGUCCAGGUAUGCCAGGACCAAAAGGUGAUAUGGGUCCAAAGGGACCUAAAGGAGACUCAGGAGGUCGUGAAGGGCCCAAAGGUGAUAAAGGUGAUAGAGGACAAGAUGGUCGUGAUGGUAUGCCGGGACCACCUGGUUUGCCGGCAGCAGCAGGAGAAGGUGUACAAUAUGUUCCUAUGCCGGGACCACCAGGACCACCUGGACCACCCGGUCCACCAGGUAUGCCUGGCCUAACAAUAUCGGGACCCAAAGGAGAACCUGGCAUGGAAAGUCGUAAUGGUUAUUAUGGUGAUGCCUCCUACUAUGGAAGACCGGAUGAACUCAAAGCUUUGCGUGAACUACAAGAUUUAAGAGAUCGGCCAGAUGGCAGUUCGGGACCUCCUGGUCCUCCAGGUCCACCAGGACCCCCGGCUGGUGGCAGUCGUCAUCAUGAUCAUGAUGAAGAAGAGGAGACUCCCUAUUAUUCAGCAGCUUCUUCUUGGAAUAUGCGUAUUGUUCCGGGAGCCGUAACAUUUCCCAAUAUUGAUGAAAUGACAAAGAAAUCUGCCAUGAAUCCACCUGGUACUUUGGCAUAUAUAACUGAAGAGGAAGCGUUAUUAGUGAGAGUCAACAAAGGUUGGCAAUAUAUUGCGCUUGGAACAUUGGUACCAAUUGCUACACCCGCCCCACCGACAACAAUUGCACCACCAGUACGUGUUGAUAUACAAUCAUCGAAUUUAUUAAAUAAUUUACCACCAUUACUCAAUACACCUACGUUUACUACAGCUCCGGAAUAUGAAACGUGGUAUCCACGUAUGUUACGAGUGGCGGCUUUGAAUGAACCGUAUAUUGGCGAUUUACAGGGUAUACGCGGUGCAGAUUUUGCCUGUUAUCGUCAGGGUAGAAGAGCUGGUUUAUUGGGAACAUUUAAAGCAUUCCUGUCAUCAAGAGUACAAAAUCUUGAUUCAAUUGUACGUGUCGCAGACCGCGAUCUACCAGUAGUGAAUACCAGAGGUGAUGUACUAUUCAAUUCAUGGAAGGGCAUAUUUAAUGGACAAGGUGGUUUCUUUUCACAAGCACCACGCAUUUAUAGUUUCAGUGGUAAAAGUGUUUUAACGGAUCCAAUGUGGCCACAAAAACAUGUCUGGCAUGGUGCAUUACCAAAUGGAGAACGUUCAAUUGACACAUACUGUGAUGCCUGGCAUUCGGGGGCAAGAGAUAAAUUUGGCUAUGCCAGUAAUUUGCUGGGGAACAAACUACUUGACCAGGAGCGUCUAACAUGUGAUAGUAAACUAAUAGUAUUAUGUGUUGAGGCUUUAUCACAGGAUCGACGAAAAAAACGCGAUUUGAGUGACAGAGAAUUCGAGUUCCAUACGGCUGAGGCAUAUGAACAGCAUUUAAAAAGAGUACUGACUUGAAAUAAAAAUUAUAAUUUUUAUUAAAAAUUUAAUUUUGAACUUCCAAGCAAACGUCAUUAUUGCAUACUUAGAGUAUCACUAUGAAACAACACUCACAAUCACUCACCUACAUAAUUAAAAUUAUUUAACAUCAGUUAUUUAAUUAAUUUAUAGAUUUACCAAAAUAACACAAAAAACUACGACGAAUGAGAUUUUGCAAAACAUUGCCAUUAAAAACUACCUAGAAAAGAAAUUCAUUUCAUUUUAAGUAUAAAAUAACUAUGAAAAAGGCAUUGCCAAAUUAGAGAAAACAAUUUUUUUAUUUUUACAAAAAAAAAAUAUUAUUAAAUAAAUCUAAACGAAAUAAAUUUUUUAAUUAUUGACAAAAUAUAAAAUCUAUAGAAAUUAUUUGCCCCAAUUUUGUCAUUCUAACAUUAGUUUAAAUUUAUAAUUACCAUGUUUUUAUAUAUAUAUUGUAUGUAAACGAUAAAAAUAAAUAAAAUUAAUUAUUUUUUAAUUUAAAUAGGCUAAACAUUUAAGGAA